GCUUCCAUAAAUGUGAUAGACCUGUGUCUGAAGGUGGUGAUAAUAUUCAUUUGUAGAAGGUGACGAUGAGGUAUCGAGUUAAUGUUGUGAUAAUGAACUACAACAUACCUUGGCUUUCUAGUUCAUGGCAAUAUUCUCUAGCUCGCGGCUCGGAAUCAUCACCGACAGUGAGUGUUGCAAGCCGCACACGCAGAAGAGCCUCAUCGGUUUUGAUUUAAAUACUGCCUUUGUAUCCCUCUGAAACUAUAUCACCAGGAACAUCUUCUUCAUUAUCUCUUCAUCAAGAAUAACCUUUUGAACGCAACUCUAUCAUGGCUGGCUAUCUCACCGUUCUUACCGCUUUUGCGGCUGCUUUUGCUCCUGUUUUUGGUGCACCAGCAGCAAGAGUGCCUCAUCCCAAGAUCAAGACUCCAACCACCGUCGCUAAGGACAUCGUCGCCGAUAGCUAUAUUGUCGUCUACAACACGGAUAUCACACCAGAGGUGACUGCUAGCCAUGUUGACUUUGUUAACGCUAUCGUCUCAAAACGUGACAAUGCCGUAUCAGUUGGUGCAAACUACAAGAUUCACGACUUCGCUGGAUAUCAAAUUUCAGCUGAUGAGGCAACUAUUGUUGAAAUUGCUAACAAGCCAGAAGUUGCAUACAUUGAGAAAGAUCAAAAGGUCUACGCUUCAGCAUUGACAACUCAAUCUGGAUCUACUUGGGGUCUUGGUCGCAUUUCUCACCGGGCAAAAGGUACCACUAGUUACAUCUAUGAUACUACCGCUGGAAGUGGUGUGACCGUAUACGUUGUCGAUACUGGUGUCUACGCUGCUCACUCUCAAUUUGGUGGCCGUGCCAGUAUGGGAGCCAACUUUGUCAGCGGAUCAGCUAACACUGAUGAAAAUGGACACGGAACUCAUUGCGCUGGUACUAUUGGUGGUAGCACAUACGGUGUUGCUAAGGCGGCAAAGAUUGUUGGUGUUAAGGUUCUCGAUGCUUCUGGAUCUGGAACAAACUCUGGUGUUAUCUCUGGUAUUCAAUGGGUUGCCACCAACGGUGGUGCUAAAUCUGUUCUAAGCAUGUCUCUUGGUGGUAGUUAUUCCGCUGCUGUAAACAGUGCCGUUACAAGCACAGUUGCUGCCGGUGUUACAGUUGUUGUAGCUGCCGGAAACGACAACACAAACGCAGCCAACACCUCGCCCGCUUCCACCCCCAACGCUAUCACAGUCGGUGCCAUUGAUUCAAACGACGCCCGAGCCAGCUUCUCUAACUACGGUGCGGUUCUUGACGUCUUCGCCCCUGGUGUCAAUGUUCUAAGUUCCUGGAUCGGUUCCACAUCCGCUACCAACACCAUCAGUGGAACUUCAAUGGCUACCCCUCACGUUGCAGGUCUUGCAGCUUACUUGAUUGCUCUUGAGGGCUUGUCAACCCCAGCUGCCGUUGUAGCUAGAAUUAAGGCAUUGGCUACUGCUAACCUCAUCACCAGCCCUGGUUCUGGAAGCCCAAACCUUAUUGCCUACAACGGUAACGGUUCAUAAAUUCAUGAAGUUGAAAGAGAAGUGGAAAGUUUGAUGGGAAGGGAUCAGGGGUCAAUGUUAUGCGAACGGAGUAUCUACUAUUGACUUGGAAAUUUUGUCUCUUUCUCAUAAUGGUGGCUAGGAUAAACCUCUUCUUUGAAAAGAAUGAGGUAUUUGAUCCGUGGGUGGAAAGAUUGCUGAGAUAUGUUUAGUAACAAGUAAUUUCGUCCAAUUACA